ACACCGUCGACAAAUAGGAUUAUGGAAUUCGCACUGGAAGUACUGCUGGACAAGUUGGAGAACAUCGUUCGCAAAUUAUUGGAGCUUCAAAAUGGCCAGCACGAACUACAUCGGCAAAUCAUGACCAUAGCGGCGUCUUGCCACAAGAUUACAACAACAACGACUCCGAAGCAGAACCAACUUCCUUUCCGAUUGUGCAAAGAUGCACCAUAUAAUGUUUCGGGGGAGUAUCUUAUCAGUUUAAAUAACGAUAGUGCACCAACUCAAGUUUUGUGUGAGCAAGAGAAAUUCAAUGGCAGUUGGAUUGUGGUACAGCAUCGAUUUGAUGGUUCGAAUGAUUUUGAUCGGAACUGGGCCGAAUACCGUGACGGCUUUGGUAGCGGGGAAGAAGAAUUCUGGUUCGGUUUGGAGAAGAUGCACCAGAUCACGACAGCUCGUCCCCAUGAAAUCAUAUUCGAGUUGAAGGACUUUAGCGAUAACUAUGGGUAUGCCCAUUACGAUAACAUAGUGAUAGAUAGUGAAAGUGAGCAGUACAGAAUAACGCUAGGGAAGUACAGCGGCACGGCAGGUGACUCGAUGACUUAUAACAACGGAAUGAAGUUCUCAACGAAAGAUCGCGAUAAUGAUCAGAGUCCUGCAUAUGAUUGUGCUCAACUAAACAAAGGCGCAUGGUGGUAUAGCGCCUGUUCUCUUGCCUCUUUGAACGCGCCCUACAUGAAUGAUUCGAUUGGAGAGUCAAUGUAUUGGUACAAUUUCAAAACGGACUACAGAGGACUGAGCUUCUCCAGAAUCAUGAUUCGCGAACUUCAACAAUAA